AUGCACCAGACCAUCCGACUGACCACCGAGAACCCAAAAAUGUCUGCCUGCAGUGACUUUGUGGAGCACAUCUGGAAGCCCGGGUCCUGCAAGAACUGCUUCUGCUUGCGGAGCGACCACCAGCUGGUGGCCGGCCACCCCCAGUCCAGAGCAGGCAGCCUGCCCCCUCCGUCCCGCCAGACCCUCAGGCCUGAGCUCUGCCGCCUAGAAGAUGAGGGUGUGAACAGCUUGCUCUACUCCAAACCCACCAUCGCAGUGAAGCCCACCAUGAUGAGCUCUGAGGCCUCUGAAAUGUGGAUGGAGACCGGUGUGACCGCUGAAGUCACGAAGGCCACCUGGAGACUAGCACCGAGCAAGCUUCCACUCCCGAAGCAAGAUGACAUGUCAAGAGUUUACCCAAGCAGCUUCCGUGGUGCCCCGAAGCCUGGUAGUCCCUCUGUGCCUACAGAAGGCGGCCCUCGCUGUCCCCCCGCAUAUGCCGUGGUUGGCCUGCACAGUCUGGAGACCCGGGGAGAGAGGAGCAUCACCUAUCAUCCCGUGAAUUUUCCCAGUGACAAGGGCGGGCGAGAGGGAAAACCCACAUUACCUCACCAAGAGCUGACCUCUCAUCAGGAGACCUUCCGCCAGAAACUGGCCACCUUUGCAGAGAUGUCAUCCGGCUGCACCAAGGGCCCUGCAACCUUCUUCUCUCCACAGCCCCUGCGGGAAUCCCUGCCUUCAGAGGAUGACAGUGAUCAGAGGUGCUCGCCCUCAGGGGACAGUGAUGGGGGAGAGUACUGCUCCAUCCUGGACUGCUGCCCUGAGGGCCCUGCUGCCAAGGACACCUUGCCAGCCGAGGGUUCCGGGAGCCGACAUGGGAGGGAGGACUGCCCGCCAGCAUGCUGGAACCAGACUGCGUGUGCUGGGUCCUCUGAGGAGGACAAGCGGGUGCUGGGCUUUCCGAGGGACUGCUGUCCCCAAGACGCAGCAGAGCAUCCCUCCCGCCUGGGGCUCAAGAAGGCAUCCCUUACCUCAGAGGCCGCCAGCUCUUCAGAUGGCAUCUCUUGUGGGAGCAGCAGCAGUGGCACCAGUAGCCCCUUUGCCCCCCAUCUCGAGAGCGAUUACUGCUCCCUCAUGAAGGAGCCCGUCCUGGAGAAGCAGCAAGAAACAGGCUGCCAUUUGGUGAACUCUAACAGAUGCCUUACACAGUCUGGGGGUGCCCAGCCCCCAGGACCCUCCGGGGAGUCUGGGCAACCUGAACCCAUCUAUGCUGAGAGUACCAAGAGGAAGAAGCCGGGCCCAGCACCAUCCAGACCCCAGACCAAGGCAGAACAGGCAGUACCUGCUCAGGGCCAAGGCCAGGUACGGACAGGUAAUGCUUGGGCUCAGAAAACAGCAGGUGCCUGGGACAGGGACGGCCCUGAUAUGGCCACCCAGGUGGCAGCCACCAUCACCGUCAUAGCUGCCCAUCCGGAAGAGGAUCACCGGACAAUAUGCCUGAGCAGCCCUGACUCAGCAGUGGGAGUACAGUGGCCACGAGGACCUGUGAGCCAGGAAUCCGAGGCAGGUGAAGGGGAAACAUCAGCUGGGCAGGGGCUGAGCUCCAGGGACAGCCACCGUCAUGAUGUAGGUGAAAAUACGCCCAAAGGCAGGCCUGCCAUUCCCCCUAAGCUGUCCAAGAGUAGCCCUGGAGGGUCCCCUGUGUUACCAUCUGCCUCCCCAUUAGCUGACCUCAGCGAGGGCAGCUCUAGCAAAGGUGUUGGGAGUCAGUCUUCAUCCAGAGGCCCUGUUGACCCUGCCUCCUCCUGCCGUACAAAUGGUAUUACCACCAGUGACUCUGUCAGGUGCCCGCCCUCCAUCGUCACCACUGUCCCCACCCUGGACCAAAGGCGGCCCAGGUACCAGACUGGUGCCUGGAAUCGUCAGUGCCGAAUAGAAGAAGAGGAGGAGGUGGAACCGGAAUUGGUGAGUCAAACCUGGGGAAAAGAAAUGGAAAAUGGCAACUCGGAUUCCUCACACUCCUCCACUUGGCACCGUCUCCACCCAGUAGAUGGCUCCUCCAGACCAAACAGCAAAGCUGGGACUGGAAUGAGUAAAUCAGCCUCUUUUGCCUUUGAGUUCCCCAAGGACAGAAGUGGAAUUGAGGCAUUUUCACCUCCACCCCCACCUCCAAAGUCGAGGCACCUUUUGAAAAUGAACAAGAGCAGCUCUGAUUUGGAAAAAGUGAGCCAGGGCUCAUCAGAGAGCCUCAGCCCAUCCUUCCGGGGCGCCCACGUCAGCUUCACCACCGGCUCCACCGACAGCCUGGCCUCGGACUCCAGGACCUGCAGUGAUGGAGGGCCGUCCUAUGAGCCAGCUCACUCACCCACCAGCAGUGGGAAGAAGCUCUUUGCUCCAGUCCCAUUCCCUUCAGGCUCCACUGAGGAUGUGUCUCCCAGUGGUCCCCUGCAGCCCCCUCCGCUUCCCCAGAAAAAGACUGUAAGCAGGGCGGCCUCUUCCCCAGAUGGCUUCUUCUGGACCCAAGGCUCCCCCAAGCCAAGAGCCACGAGUCCCAAGCUGAACCUCAGCCACUCCGAAACCAACGUCUGCGUCCGCGAAGAGUCUCAUUUCAGCUCCUCAGGCUCAGGGACCCGCCACCAUCAUGUCUUCUCCUCCGAGCCCCUGGAGAAAGCUGUCAAGGGCAAUGGUCACUGGGCCCCUGCGGCAGGACUAGCAGGCAACAAGAGAGGCUGUGGGAGCCCCAGCCUCCAGGGCAAAGGGCCCGCCUCCGCCUCGUCCUCCCAGCUGAGCGUGUCCAGCCAGGUCUCCACCGCCAGCUCCCAGCUGCAGCUGCACAGCCUCCUAAGCAGCAUCAGCAGCAAGGAGGGCACCUACGCCAAGAUGGGGGUGCUCUUCGCCCAGUCCCUGCUCCGCCUCGUAGCCAAGUGUGAGGACCUCUUCAUGGGUGGCCAGAAGAAGGAGCUUCACUUCAACGAGAACAACUGGUCACUCUUCAAGCUGACCUGCAACAAGCCCUGCUGCGACUCCGGGGAUGCCAUCUAUUACUGCGCCACCUGCUCCGAGGACCCCGGCAGCACCUAUGCUGUGAAAAUCUGCAAAACCCCUGAGCCCAAAGCCGCCUCGUACUGCAGCCCUUCUGUUCCCGUGCACUUCAACAUCCAGCAGGAUUGUGGCCACUUUGUCGCCUCUGUGCCCUCCAGCAUGCUUACGUCUCCUGAUGUGCCCAAGGACCCGCUGUCUGCCCUCUCUUCCCACGCCCCUGCCCAGGAGCAGGACUGUGUGGUGGUCAUCACCCGCGAGGUGCCCCACCAGACCGCUGCUGACUUUGUGCGGGACUCCGCCAACAGCCAUCAGACGGAGCCUGAGGUUUAUGAGCGGCGCGUGUGCUUCCUGCUGCUGCAGCUCUGUAAUGGGCUGGAGCAUCUCAAGGAGCACGGGAUCAUUCACCGGGACCUGUGCUUGGAGAACCUUCUGCUCGUGCAUUGCAACCCUCAGGCCUCCCAGCCAGCCACGCCCAGCAAGCCUCCUGCCGCCCCGAGCCAGCUUUCCUCUGCUCCCACCUCCAGUGCCCCUCCUGUCACCACUGCUACUGCCUCUGCUGCUACUCCUUCCACUUGCCCCUCCACCACCCCAGCUAAUGUUCCCACCAGCCUCCCAACUGCCCCCACCUGUCAGGGAGUUCCAGGGGAGAAGCACUUGCCCCGGCUCAUCAUCAGCAACUUCCUGAAGGCUAAGCAGAAGCCAGGUGGCACCACCAACCUGCAGCAGAAGAAGAGCCAAGCCCGCCUGGCCCCCGAGAUCGUGUCUGCCUCCCAGUACCGCAAAUUCGAUGAGUUUCAGACAGGCAUCCUCAUCUAUGAGCUGCUCCACCAGCCCAACCCGUUUGAGGUGCGAGCCCAGCUGCGGGAACAGGACUACCGGCAGGAAGACUUGCCCCCACUGCCCAGCCUGUCCCUCUACUCACCAGGCCUGCAGCAGCUCGCCCACCUGCUGCUGGAAGCCGACCCCAUCAAACGCAUUCGUAUAGGUGAGGCCAAGCGGGUGCUGCAGUGCUUACUGUGGGGGCCCCGGAGGGAGCUGGUGGAACAGCCGGGCUCACCCGAGGAGACACUGUGUGGCACCCUGCAGAACUGGAUCGACAUGAAGCGGGCCCUCAUGAUGAUGAAGUUUGCAGAGAAGGCCGUGGACCGCCGGCGUGGGGUGGAGCUGGAAGACUGGCUCUGCUGCCAGUACCUGGUGUCCACCGAGCCCGGAGCCCUCCUCCAGACGCUGAAGCUCCUGCAGCUUCUCUGA